AUGAGUUCAAGGAGCCGAAAACUCGCCAACGCUUUACCGACAGAUGAAUUGAUUCCGAUUUACCGCCGAGAUUGCCACACAGAGGUUUACUGUGGUAGCCAUCAAUACCCCGGUUGUGGUGUAUAUGUCUUAAAGUUUGACAACUCCUUCUCCCUAUGGCGUUCCAAGUGGCUGUAUUAUCGGAUUUUCUAUGGAAAGUGA